UAAUGAACUGUUAGGUGGUGAAUUACGCCGUGGGAAAAUAUUUCAAAAAAAUAUUCAAUGAAUAAAGAGUGGGCGAGAUUAUACACAUUUAAAGAUUUUCCUCAGUCUUCUAAUGCAUCGCCAAUUCGAUUGGCAAAAGCUGGAUUUUACUACAUCGGAACGCGGGAAGACGUUAUUUGUUUCUCUUGUGAUCUCAGAAUAGGCUCGUGGACAACAAACGAUACUGUUUCUGAAAUACACCAACGUCUUUCGCCACAUUGCCGAUAUUUGACAGGCGAAGAUAAGACGAAUAUCCCAAUACAUGGUGACACGCACUUGGCUCAGGCUAACGUAUGUGUCAUUGAAGCUGAAAACGUCUGUACUUCUAGUUCAGAUAUAAGAUUAAAUACCAGAGAAAGAUCAUUUAUUAUAGGUGGAGCAAAUGGGAGCGUUAGAGAUGAAGGCAGUCGUUGCAAUAGUGACAUUCGAACUGAUCAUUUACAAGGUUCCAUAGAAAAGAUGUUAUUUUUACAACCAAAUGGUCAAAUUGAGUAUUAUCCAGGUAUCACUACACAGAAACCGAAACAUCCAGAUUAUGCGAUAAAGAGUGUCAGGCUGUCAUCAUUCCUUAACUGGUGUCCUGACGUGAUGGAACCAGAACAACUGGCAGAAGCAGGAUUUUAUUAUACAGGAAUGAAGAACUGGGAAAAUGGUGACAAUGCUUGGAUUGAGCAUGCAAGAUGGUUUCCAAAUUGUGCAUACGUGAAACAAUGCAAGGGAGACAAUUUUGUUAGCAUGUGCCGCAUGGCAAAUAUUGACCAUUUAACAGCUAAUGGCGAAAGGCAAAAUCUGGCCAUAACAACAUUGAAUCCUGAAGGUUUUGCAGAACUUGUCGGUGAUCAGUUAAUAGAAGACCUAAAUAGCACAGCAGCGAAACUUGUAAUGGGUAUGGGAUACAAACAGGAAGAUGUAGAAAAUGCUGUUAAAGUUGCUAGGGAGAAAUAUUGUUCAGCUGAAUUACGGGCUCAGUAUAUCCUAGAAUCUUUGCUCGACAACAGCUACAGCAGCGCUGACGAUGCACCUCGGUACAGCAAUCAAAUUAGUUGUGAUACAGACAGACGUUCACCUACACAAGGAAGUACCUUUGAUAGCAGAUCUGCUGAUAAAAACAACAGUGAAAGUUCAGAACAACAAAAACUACUUGAAGAAAACCGUCAACUAAGAAGUCAAAUGACUUGCAAAAUUUGUAUGGACAAGGAGGCAUGUAUUGUGUUUCUACCUUGCGGUCACAUGGUUUCUUGUGUUGAAUGUGCGCACGCGUUAAGAAAAUGUGCCGUUUGCAGAUCACUGAUACAGGGAACAGUUAGGGCCUAUCCAGCCUAAAGACAUACUGCUUCUUAAAACUAUUUUGCUUUAUUCUUUUUUAUCCGACAGUUACUUUCAUUUAAGAGCAAUACCUUUACUACAUGCGAGUGUUAAUUAUCUUUUCAUUAAAACGGAACUCAGUUUUUCUUC